UUUUCGAGUGGGCCUUUUGCGCAACUGCCGUCACCAUCCCCGCGGGAUCCGUAGCCGAGCGCUGUAAUUUCAAUGCUUACCUGGGGUAUUCCAGCUUCAUAUCUGCCAUCAUCUACCCAGUCGUGGCACAUUGGGUCUGGUGCGCGGAGGGAUGGCUGGGGUACAGUACGACACAUCCGCUGAUCAAAUGCGGCAUGAUGGAUUUCGCUGGAUCGGGUGUCGUACACAUGGUGGGCGGCCUUGCAGGUCUGGCGGGGGCGAUCAUGUUGGGCCCCCGCAUGGGGCGCUUUGACGUCGACAACAAGCCCCUCCCGCUGCCCGGGCACUCCGCCGUGCUUGUCGUUCUGGGCACCGUACUGCUGUGGUUUGGAUGGUACGGAUUUAACCCCGCCUCAACUCUCUUCAUCGACACCCCGGUGAUGGCCACAGUGGCCUCCAGAGCUGCUGUCACCACCACCCUCGGCGGCGCAGCAGGCGGCGUGUUUUGCCUGAUCUGGACAUUCCUUCGAAAACGA